CCGCUUGCAAACAGAGCACGUAACGUGGCGCUCGUCGUACCUUUCUUGCCGUUCCUUCCUUAGGUGCCGAGCACGCCGACAGUGCUUCUCCCGCGAUGGACUGGAGCACCGACUUGGACCUCUCCGCGAAAAAGCUGAUGCCCAAGCUUGGGAGACGCGCCGGCCAAAGCAACACCCAGGACGAUUUUAAAUCCGACGAUGACCUCCUAGACAGUCCUUUGUCUCUCUCGGACAAAUCCUCCAGGACGACCGGUCCGGUAGCGCCACCUCGCACCAGGAAAACCGGAUGGGGUGAUGAACUCAAAAGCGGCAAAAUGAAGAUCACGUCGAACAUCAUCGAGCAACUUUUCCUUAGGGAGCGCUCCAGGGCGGUCGAGAAGGACGAGCCGGAGGACGAGAUUCCCGUUAUACCGGACUUGGAUGAAAUUCAGGAAGACAAUGUUCUAACGCAUUCCGUUAAUGCUCCCUCGGUCGGGGUGAAUCGCGUCGCAGCUUAUAAAGAGUUGGACACGGAGCUUCUUAGAAGUACCGCCCUUGCAUCUUUGGACGACGUGAAUCUCUCGCUUCUUGCUGAAAAAUUAUAUCCGGACAAGUUGGUCAGGGAGCCGGACGACAUUUGGAGCUGGGACUUACUCUUCACGCAGAUCGCCUCCGAAAUCAACGGGGAAACCGAAAAGAAAACCGAAUUAUGAUAGAUUUAGGGCCUUCCUUCGUUUGUAAAUAUUUUUACCACUUCCGACGGGUCUCACAAUUUCAAUGUAUGUAGAAAUAAAUCGGGAAAAUGUG